AUGACUGACGAGCAGUCAACGGGUGCUACACUUACUGGACUGACGCCGACAAGCAUUGUCACUGGGGAGUUUGAUGUCUCAAUUAGCGAUGGUGUUGGACAUGGUGUACUUCACUCUUUCUGGAGCGAGGUCAUCAGAAUGAUCACAGAAGACUCUGGGCAUUGGCAAAGUACCUGCGACAGGUAUUGGGUACCCAUUGUGACCUCACUACCCCCCUGUGAUGAAGAUAUUGUUUCAUACCAGGCGUAUGGAAUUAUCUUUCGGACUGCGAUGCUUAUGGACCUAGAAAUCCUCCCUGUUUCUCCAAUCAUUGUAUUGUUUCUGCUGAGCGACUACAUCACAGCCACCACUUCGUCAUUCACCACUGCCAUUGCACCCAUUGGGAAACUAUCCAUAGCACCUGCAACGAACUUGUAUUCCAUGAUUCUGGAAGUUGACGCUUCCGCCCAGAUUACACAGCUGAGGCGCCUUCCUGUGAAUGCACAGGCCGAGCUUACCCACCGGUUGCGAUGUCAGGUGUUCUUUGGCAACCAGUUUGCUCGUGGAACACCUGACCACAUUGUAUAUUCAUCAAUGCGUCAGGCAUUUGAUUGCCUAAUUGGCGACCGUAUGACAUUACGUGAGUAUUUCAUCACUGAAGAUUCAUCUAGUACGAUUCUUGAGGGAAUGUUUGGUGGCCGCAUUCUUUCCUCACCAGAGCAGGUUAUCCACCUUCUUGUCAUCAAUGUUACCCCAGUCGGUGGUACCUUGAAUGAUAUCAUCGCACGAUUCAAACUGCAUCUGGAGCGCUACCUCCGUGGGUGCAGCACUCCUACUCAAAAUGAUGGAUCAGAUCUCUUUGGAGAAGAUGUAGUAAUUGAUCCAUUAUUACGGACUCGACUCUUUCUCCGCUGUGUCACUGGUAGUGAGUUCCUUCCCGCGUGCCCCCAGCAACAGAUUAGGUUGAAUUUCCAGACGCAGUGGAACCAUCAUUGGCGUGAACAUGUGGGAAUCCACAUCCACACAUGCUUCUAUGCAGUGGAUGUGCUGUUGAAUGAGCCAUCUACGCUCAUUGUGAACCAAGAAAUUCUGGUGGACAUGUCCAUUUCCACUGACUUUGACAGGUGGAUUCACUCCUGUAUCAGUGGCAACGCCUUCGAUCACUACAAUACUUCUGCGCACUACUAA